AUGACACCGAAGUGGUAUGUAACAUUUAAAAAGAUCGAGGAUUUGGAGAGAUUGCUGCCAGACCCUAAUACUUCCAGACCUUUGAAGAUCAUCAAACAAAUCUUGUUUAUAAUUGGAGCAUCCGCGUUGGUUGAAUUCGCAAUGUAUUUAUUAUACACGGCGUAUGAAGCGAAGAACGCGUUGAAGAAUACGCAUGACGAUUAUUGUUUAAAAAAGUUCUUUGUCUUCGCCUACGAUUGGUAUUUUGAUCAUUUUCCAUUCCAGUGCUUUAUUGGAAUAAUGCUGGCAGCCUCUAAAUGUCAAGCAACAUGUUUAAGAAACUUAACAGAUAUCCUGGUUAUGUCAAUAACCGUAUACUUGGGUGCGCGUUUCUCAUGUUUCAAUCGUAAGCUGCUUCAAGAGGAGAAGAAGAUUUGUUCUGACACAGCAAGAAAUGAAUCUGAUCACGACCAAUACAGAACUAGAGUUAUUAAAGCGAAAACGCAAAGAUUCCUGGAUCAAGUGUUUCAUUCUAGGCUAGGUCUUAGUGGAUUAAAGUUCUUCUACGUGACAAGAGAAUCAAUUUUGUCAGUAGUUGCUACAUUAAUCAAAUAUGAGCUUGUUCUUCUCCAAUUUCCUGAACGCGAAUAA